CUACGAUCAGUUGAUUUGUGCCGGCCACCGACCAUAUCUUCCUUUGUCCCGUAAUCACUGACGAAUACAUCUAACAAUAAAUACGCAUGCGUCAUACAGUUAAUAUUUGAACGGUUUUCGUUAUUCUGUGACAUGUGAAUUCCAUCUUCGCGGUUAUUUCGCAAAUUUAUGUAUGCGUAAAAAGUCACGAAAAAUCAAUAGUUACGAAAGUGCGCGAUCGACAUUUCCUCUGUUCGCGUGCGACGUUGUAAUUAACAAACUGACAUCUGCAAUCGUGGCUCAGAUUGGAGCGACAGAUGAGUGUUCAAGCAUAAUCGGUCCUUAUCAUUCGAUCGGUUUGGACAAAGUGCAUAACGGAAGUGCAUAAUGGAAGUAUUGAUGCACGAAGCAAGCAAUCGGCAGGAAAACAACGCAUCAGUUUGUAUAGUCGAACCCAAAUCUACGUCCAAAAGACGUGAGGAUGGUACGCCAUCCGACGCCACGCACAAUAAUGGCAAGGAACCGGUCGAUAUCAUCUUCGAGAACAUCACUUACACUGUCAGCCAGCGUUUCAAAAGAGAGGAAAAAGAAAUCUUGCAUGGUAUUAGUGGAAGACUUCCUAGCAAACAGUUGAUCGCUUUAAUGGGACCAUCCGGUGCGGGAAAAUCCACAUUACUCGAUAUUCUGUCCGGUUUUCGGACAACCGGAGUGGAUGGUUCCAUAUAUAUUAAUGGUCGUAUUCGACAUCUUAAUAAUUUUCGAAAAUGCAGCGCGUACAUCACGCAAGACGAUCGAUUAGAACCUCUGCUCACCGUGAUCGAAAACAUGAGGGUCGCCGCCGAUUUAAAAUUGCCUUCGAGCACACCAAAACACAAGAAAGAGAUGAUCAUUGAAGAUAUUCUUACGACACUUGGCUUGUACGAACAUAUGAGCACGAGAUCCGAUCGAUUAAGCGGCGGUCAAAAAAAAAGGCUCUCUAUAGCUCUUGAAUUAGUCAAUAAUCCCACGGUGAUGUUCCUCGACGAGCCAACCACAGGUCUGGAUAGUUCAUCUUGUAUGCAAGUCGUAAAUUUGCUAAAAAUAUUGGCGCGACAGGGGAGAACAAUAAUUUGUACUAUCCAUCAGCCCAGUGCGUCUUUAUUUCAAUUGUUCGAUCAGGUGUAUGUGUUGACGAAUGGAGAUUGUCUGUACCAAGGAGCAACGAGUAAACUCUUGCCAUAUCUAGAAAAUAUGAAAUUGCCAUGUCCUAUGUAUCAUAAUCCGGCAGAUUACAUAAUUGAGCUUGCUUGUGGCGAGUAUGGUUUCGAUAAAAUCAAUACAUUGAUAAUGGGGUCGCAAAAUGGACGAAAUUUGCAGUGGUUCGACAAUCCAGAAACCUUGAAGGAUGCGAAAAGUUUAAGAGCGGAAUAUCCUUUGAGAAAUAAAGUAAAUGAUAACAACGGCUUACACGCGACAAAUCUUGUUCAUCAAAUCAAGAUCUUAUUAAGAAGAGGCUUUAUCAUGUGUAAACGAGAUACGACUCUGACACAUUUACGUAUCGCUGUUAACAUACUCGUUGGUGUAAUGCUGGGCACUGUUUUCCUGCGAUCCGGCGCCGAUGGUUCUCGCGUUUUGGACAAUUAUAAUCUUUUAUUUGCUAUCCUCAUACACCACAUGAUGACGACGAUGAUGCUCACGGUAGUUACCUUUCCAAUGCAAAUGUCUAUCCUCUUAAAGGAGCACUUCAACAGAUGGUACAGUCUAAAGGCGUUUUACACGGCGAUAACAUUGAUUGACGUGCCCAUUUCGAUAAUGUGCUGUGUACUUUUCUCGAUAAUCGUCUACUUUAUGUCAGCGCAACCAUGGGAAAUUAUUCGAUUUUCUAUGUUCCUGGCCAUUAGUCUAUUAAUCAUGUUUAUAGGACAAGGUACUGGGCUUAUGAUAGGUGCUGUAUUUAAUGUCGUGAAUGGCACAUUUAUAGGACCAACAUUGGCAUGUCCACUAAUGAUGUUCGCUGGAUUCGGAGUAUCAUUACGUGAUCUGCCAAGCUAUCUAAAGUGGGGUAGCUACAUCAGUUAUUUGCGAUAUGGUCUAGAAGGGUUUGUCGGGGCUAUCUAUGGGCUGGACAGACCCAUUCUAGACUGUAAAGAAAAGGGUGAGUUUUACUGUCACUAUAAAUAUCCUUCGAAAUUUCUCUCAGACAUCUCUAUGAGGGGGGACCAAUUCUGGAACGAUAUUAUCGCGCUCGCUACAAUAUUGCUCAUCACACGAUGCAGCGCAUAUUUAUUAUUACGAUGGAAACUUAUGUCAUACCGAUGA